AUGCAAAAACAUCACCAAUUAUUGAAAAGUUAUGUGAUUAUGAUAAUUGUAAAAUAUCAAGUACAGAUUUUCAAUACAGAUUUUCAAGUAUUAUUAUGUGGUCAUUCUUACCACGAAGAAUGUUUUUGGGUGUUAAGACUUCAAUGCAAUUACUGUUAUUCCUAUCUUUCAGGUGUCAUUGAUGAUCUGACAAAAUCUUAUAAUGAAAGACUAAACAUGGAUGAAGAUAUUAAUAAUGAGCCAGAUUUGGAAAUUAAUUUACAAUCAGAAGAUGGUGAUAUGGAUGCUGCUAACAUAUUAAAUAUAGAUGAAAAUACUUAG